CUGGCAACUCGAGGCCGCGGGAAUCUUGGAGCUGAUGGACCGGAUGACGGAGGACGCGCUGCGCCUGAACCUGCUCAAGCGGAGCCUGGAGCCGGCGGAGGAGCGCGACGACGUCCUGGCCAAGCGGCUGAAGAUGGAGGGACACGAGGCCAUGGAGAGGCUGAAGAUGCUGGCGCUGCUCAAGCGCAAGGACCUGGCGGGGCUGGAGGUGCCCCACGAGCUCCCGGUGAAGCCGGACGGGAUCAAGGGCUACGAGGAGAAGCUCAACGGGAGCCUGCGGCCCCACGGCGACGGGCGGAGCGCGGCCCGGCCGGGCAAGGAGAACAUCAACGACGAGCCCGUGGACAUGAGCGCCAGGAGGAGUGACCAGGACCGGGGCCGCUUGACCCCGUCCCCAGACAUCAUCGUCCUGUCGGACAACGAGGCCUCCAGCCCCCGCUCCAGCUCCCGCAUGGAGGAGCGGCUCAAGGCGGCCAACCUGGAGAUGUUCAAGGGGAAGAGCCUGGAGGAGCGGCAGCAGCUGAUCAAGCAGCUCCGGGACGAGCUGAGGCUGGAGGAGGCCCGGCUGGUGCUCCUGAAGAAGCUGCGGCAGAGCCAGCUCCAGAAGGAGAACGUGGUGCAGAAGACUCCCGUUGUCCAGAACGCCGCGUCCAUCGUGCAGCCGUCCCCUGCCCACGUGGGACAGCAGGGCCUGUCCAAGAUCCCCUCCCGGCCCGGAGCCCAGGGGGUGGAGCCGCAGAAUUUAAGGACAUUACAGGGCCACAGCGUGAUCCGCUCGGCCGCCAGCUCAGCCCUGCCCCACAUGCUGAUGUCCCAGCGCGUCAUCGCCCCCAGCCCCGCCCAGCUCCAGGGCCAGCGCGGGCCCCAGAAACCCGGCCUGGUCCGCAGCUCCACGCCCGGCAUGAGCCCGGCCAUCAACUACCAGCCGCAAUCCGGCUCCUCGGUGCCGUGCCAGCGCUCGUCCUCCUCCGCCAUCUACAUGAACCUCGCGUCCCACAUGCAGCCGGGCUCGGUGGCCCGCGUGUCGUCCCCUCUCCCCAGCCCCAGCGCCCUCUCCGACGCCGCCAACUCGCAGGCGGCGGCCAAGCUGGCGCUGCGCAAGCAGCUGGAGAAGACGCUCCUGGAGAUCCCGCCGCCCAAGCCGCCGGCGCCGCUCCUGCACUUCCUGCCCAGCGCCGCCAACAGCGAGUUCAUCUACAUGGUGGGGCUGGAGGAGGUGGUGCAGAGCGUCAUCGACAGCCAAGGUCACUGCCGGCGUCGGCCCCAGGGGAGAGGGAGCUGGGGAGGGAUUGCCGGGGCUGCGACCGCGAUUUGGGGCGUUCCGGGGGAGAUCGAGCAGCGGCUGCAGCAGCAGGCAGCGCUGUCCCCCACGGCCGCGCCCGCCGUGCCCAGCGUGGGCAAACAGGACGGGAUCCUGCGGCACCACACGCUCCGGCAGGUGGGACUGCGGGAACGGCCCGGGGACCCUGGGGCCUGGGCUCACGGGAUCGUGGGGGGUGGCAUUCCCAUGGAGGGGUGGCAUUCCCAUGGAGGGGUGGCAUUCCCACGGGAGGGGUGGCAUUCCCAAGGGGUGGCAUUCCCAUGUGGUGCCAUUCCCAUGGAGGGGUGGCAUUCCCAUGGAGGGGUGGCAUUCCCACGGGAUGGCAUUCCCACGGGAGGGCUGACGCUGCCCCCGCAGGAGAUCGAGCAGCGGCUGCAGCAGCAGGCAGCGCUGUCCCCCACGGCCGCGCCCGCCGUGCCCAGCGUGGGCAAACAGGACGGGAUCCUGCGGCACCACACGCUCCGGCAGGCCCCGCAGCCCCAGAGCAGCCUCCAGCGCGGCAUUCCCACCUCCGCCCGCUCCAUGCUCUCCAACUUCGCCCAGGCCCCGCAGCUCUCCGUGGCCGGAGGGCUCCUGGGAAUGCCAGGGGUGAACAUCGCGUACCUGAACGCCGGCAUCGGGGGCCACAAGGCGUCGAGCCUGGCGGACCGGCAGCGCGAGUACCUGCUGGAUAUGAUCCCGCCCCGCUCCAUAUCGCAGUCCAUCAGCGGGCAGAAAUAGCGCCGGCUGCCCCCGGGAGAGCAGAGCCCGCAGCCCCACGAGACAAACGCAAAGAAUCAAAAGAGACAAAGAAACAUUUCAGAGGGCGAGCCGCCCCCGUUCCCAGCCCGAGAUUCCUCCGGUUGUCCAGGCCGGGAGCAGCCCCGGCCCCGCCGCUCCUUUUGUAACGCCGCCGCUUUCUCCUUGUGUUGUGGGUUGUUUUUUGCCCCUUUUUUGCCUUCUUUUCGCCCCCCUCCCUUGGCUCCAUGGAUGGUUAAAGCUUUUUUCUCCCUUUUCCAGAGACUUUGGCAAGGGCGCCUUCCCCGCUUCCCUUGGGGGGAGAUUGUGGGGGCGGCCUGUGCUGAUCCCAGGGGGAUUGGGGGCGUCUCCCGGGGGGAUUCCCUGAUCCCAGGGGGGACAAAUCCCUUUGGGAGCUGAUUCUGGGGGUGUCACCUCCCCCUGGCCCCGCUCCGGGGGUGUCACCUCCCCCUUGCCGUGCACCCAGGGGUGUCCUGGGGGUGUCACCUCCCCCUUGCCCUGCUCCUGGGGGUGUCCUGGGGGUGUCACCUCCCCCUGGCCGCGCACCCAGGGGUGUCACCUCCCCCGGGAGGACCCCGCAGGUGCCACCCCGCUGUCCCCAGGGGUGACAGGCGCUGCCCCAGGACCCCCUCGGGGUCCCCUCAGUGUCCCCCCCCCCAGGGGUGUCCCCGCGGUGGCUCCGGAGCGGCCGGCGGAGCGAAGGCGCGGCCAGGGCGGGUGAGUGUCCCCAGAGGUGUCCCCGAGCUGUCCCCAGAGCUGUCCCCACCUGUCCCCAGCUGUCCCCAGCUGUCCCCCCUCGUGUCCCACCCCCUGCAUGCUCCGGAGCCGCCCUCGCCCCUCGCUGUCCCCGCUGUCCCCCAUGGUGGCACCCAUGGUGGCCCCCCCAGGGACAGCGGAGGGGUCUGUGCCCCCCGGGGUUUGUUGGGGGUGGCACCACGGGGGGGGGGGCUGUGCUGUCCCCUCUGUCCCCGGGGGUGCCACUGGGGGGGUCUCGGUGUCCCCUGGGGGCGUCGAGGACAACCCAAAGCAAGAAAAUGAGCCGCGAGAAAACUCGAUUUGCACUUCAGCCUUCCCCGCCUUCCCCUGCCUCCUCUUCCUCUCAUCUUCCUCUUCCUCUCCUCUUCUUCUCUUCCUCUUCCUCUUCCUCUCAUCUUCCUCUUCUUUUCCUCUUCCUCUCCUCCUCUUCCU